AUGGAUAAUGAAUCAUACGUAAAUGUCAGCAAGCUCUCCGUUCCGGGCCAAAGGACAAGGCGAGAAAGGCAGCGAGCUGGCCCUAGACCUGCAGAAGUCCCGCACACAAACACCAGCGAGGCCCAGGACAUCCAGGAGAAGACGCUGACUAACACACGACGCAUGACGGGGAUCUACCUGUUGGUCGCAGUGGGUUUCAUGGUGGUGUGUGCUCUGCAGCUGAGCCUGAAUAUUUUCCUACGCGUACACUAUAUGAGCUCCACUGAGAUAGAGCAGCUACAGGCGGACAUCAACAACCUGACCAGCUCUGCUGAGAUAGUGCAGCUGAAAGCAGAGGCAAGCAGCUGCCUCAAAGAGAAAGACCAGCUACAGGAGGACCAUCAGAAGCUCAAGACGAGGCUUUGUCGGAUGGAGGGCACGUGUGAUGGAUGGGUGGCUUUUAAGAGCAGCACCUACUACGUGUCUACAGAGGAGAAGUCCUGGCGUGAGAGCCGCCAGGACUGUAGAGACAGAGGUGCUGACCUAGUGAUCAUCAACAGCGAAGAGGAACAGAGGUUCCUUCACAGCCUUCGUGAGAUGGCCUGGAUUGGUCUGUUUGAUAAGGAGGCUGAUAAGGUCUUUCAUUGGGUGGACGGGACAACUGCCUUCCCUACCUUCUGGGGUAUUGAUCAGCCUACUUUCAGUCCAGAUGAACUCUAUGUUAUUAUCUUAAGGUAUUACACCGCUAAGGAGAGCUGGUUUGAUAGUCCCUGUGAUGGACCAAAACCCUGGAUCUGUGAGAAGAAUCGUUUCAUUUUGUGA